CUGUGCAGAGAGCGGCUGUAAACAAACCAGCAACAACAUCGGAGGAAGAAAAGCGCAGGGGUUGAUUAAAUCAUCGCUGUGGACUUUCGCGCCACACAUAUUGGAGUCAAGCUGACCAUGGAUUUGAAUUGUGUCUUGAAGAUAGAAGAAAUGGAAGAGGAUAUUUGUCCAAGACAGGAAAUAAAAACGGAAGAAGAGCCUCAUGACAUCAAACAGGAAGACUCUAAAGCAGAGAUCUCCAUCGUGGUGAAACAGGAGGAGAUAAAGCAGGAGCAUCCUACACAGGACACUAAAGAGGGAAUAAAGCAGGAGUUGCCUUCAGUGGACACUAAGGAGGAUGUAGCAAUGCUGCCUUCUGAGGUCACUAAAGGGGAUGUAGCAAUGCUGCCUUCUGAGGAUGUGAGAACAGAGCCCUCUGUGGACACAGAAGAGGAUGUGGGAACAUCCGGAGUGACAGGAUUUGCACAGGAAGGUGUUACAUCCUGCGGGGCAUUGCUGCCUGUCGCACCUCCUCCGGUGCCCAUGGGUCAGCUGCAGGGUCAUCAGCCAGGAACCACCAUUCACCAAUGUUUCGCUACUUUAAUAGUCCUGCAGUCCUGUGGUGUGACUCCUCUUAUAGAAGGGGGUCCACAAAAGAACCAGUUGAAGAAAAAGGCUAGUCGGAGAACUCUUACUGGAGAAAAGCCUUACGUGUGUACCAUCUGUGGAAAGGCCUAUGGACAGGCAGCACACUUAAAGGUUCACCGUAGAGUCCAUACCGGAGAGAGGCCUUACGUGUGUACCACCUGUGGAAAGGCCUUUGGACGGUCAGAAGGCUUAAAGGUUCACCAGAGAAGCCAUACUGGAGAAAAGCCUUACCAGUGUAGUGCAUGUGGAAAGUCCUUCGGAUAUAAAAAUCACCUAAAAGAUCACCAGACAAUCCAUUGUGGAGAAAAACCUUACCAGUGUACUACAUGUGGGAAGUCCUUUAGACGGUCACUCACCUUAAAGAAUCAUCAGAGAAUCCAUACUGGGGAAAAUCGUUACCAGUGUAGCACCUGUGGAAAGGCCUUUGGACAGUCAGAAAGCUUAAAGGUUCACCAGAGAAUCCAUACUGGAGAAAAGCCUUACCAGUGUAGUGCAUGUGGAAAGUCCUUCACAUAUAAAAAUCGCCUGAAAGAUCACCAGGGAAUCCAUUGUGGAGAAAAACCUUAUCAGUGUGCUACAUGUGGGAAGUCCUUCAGACAGUCACGCACCUUAAGGGAUCAUCAGAGAAUCCAUACUGGGGAAAUGCUUUACCAGUGUAGCACAUGUGGAAAGUUCUGUACAAGAAAAUCUGAUCUCCGAUCGCACCUGAGAGUCCAUCAGAGAUGGGACCAAGUCACUAAUUUGCAAGUCGCAAGAGACAUGGCCAAUACCACCUUUGGCUGGUCCACCUCUGAAGUGUGUCAUUGGCUGGAGCUGAAUGGGUUAAGUGAGGCCAAAGAGAUCUUUAUCGAUGAGGAUAUUGAUGGGGAAGCCCUUUUCGGUUUAACAGAGAAUAGGGUGGCACGCCUCUUCCCAACAUCAAAACAGCAAGUUAAAUUUUUAUCAGCAUUGGAAAAAAUAAAAAGCAACGUUCUGCCAAAACAAAAUGAUAGCAUCCCAGUCAACUCAGCAAUCACCACUAAGAAAACACCAGUUCAAACACCAACCGCUGCCUGGCCAACUGUUUACACCCUCCCCACUUUAAGCCCAGAGGUCAGGGAGGCGCUGGCCAAGAGAGAUCCUGCUUUCUUCAGAAAACACCAAUCGCAUAUAAGAACUGCUCUCAUUACAUUGUUAUGUGAUGACAUAACACAAUAUACUUGGUAUCCAAGUCGCAAGAUGUAUAGUGACGUCAUGAGCACCUUAAUAACCCAGCAUCCAUUUCUUAUGGAUGGAAGCCUCUCUGGAUUUGAAACCCUGUUGGAGUGUCUUAAAAAUAAAUUCAAAAAAGUGCGGAAGACCCUGGUACACAUGGACAAAGUGUUGCAGAUGAAGCAGAAAUAUGGCAAGGGGCGUCAGACAUCAUCAUCAGAUGGGGGAAACCACUGCGGUCUCAAAAGGAAACAACAACCACUAUUUGGAACCCAGCUGACCAUGGAGUUGAGACAGGAAGUGAAAGAAGAGGAAGGAGAGUCCAGUGUUCUAGAACGUGUGGAUGCAGCAUUCUCCUCCCACUGCCCGGUACCUCUAAGGGACGUCAAACUAAAAGAUUCCAAUAAUCUAUAUGUGGAUUUGACAGGAACAGCAGCAGAGAUCUCCGUAACAUUAAAAGAGGAGCAGGAGGAGCAGGAGGAGGAGAUGGAAGAAGGCGAAGAGGAGGAGGAGGAGGACGAAGAAGAAGAAGAGGACGAUGACGACAAAGAAGAAGAAGAAGAAGAGGAGGAGGAUGACGAGGAUGACAGUGACGAGGACGACAGUGACGAGGACGACAGUGACAAUGAUGACGACGACUACGACUUUUUGGAGGCUUUUGGGGGGCCACAAAGGAAGGAAUUUAACACACUGUGCAAAACUGCAAGUGGAAAGGACUUUGGAGCUACAGAUGGUUUGAAGUCAUGGCAAUGUACUACAUGUGGAAAGGCCUUUAAAUCUAAAUGGUAUCUCAAAGAUCACCAGAGAACCCAUACAGGUGAAAAGCGACACCAGUGCACCAAAUGUGGAAAGGCCUUUGCUGACAAACGUCGUCUCAAAGAUCACCAGGGAAUGCAUACUGGGGAAAAGCCUGACCAGUGUACUACUGGAGAAAAGCCUUACCAGUGUCUUUCACGUGGAAAGGGAUGUAGAGACAUCUGGCAACUAAACUGCCAUCAGAGAAUCCAUUCUGGAGAAAAACCUUACCAGUGCACCACAUGUGGAAAGGCCUUUUCAAUGUCAGGAAACUUAAAGGCUCACCAGAGAACCCAUACUGGAGAAAAACCUUACCAGUGUAGCGUAUGUGGAAAGGGCUUUUCACAGUUAGGUAAUCUCAAAAGUCAUCUGAGAAUCCAUAGCGGAGAAAAACCUUACCAGUGUAGUGUAUGUGGAAAAGGCUUUGCACAGUUAAGCAUCUUAGAAAAUCAUCAGAGAACCCAUACUGGAGACAAACCUUACCAUUGUACCACAUGUGGAAAGGGCUUUGCCCAAAAUGGAGGUCUCAAGAGGCACAUUAGGCGAACCCAUACUGGAGACAAACCUUACCAUUGUACCACAUGUGGAAAGGGCUUUGCCCAAAAUGGAGGUCUCAAGAGGCACAUUAGGCGAACCCAUACUGGAGAAAAACCUCAGCAGUGUAGCACAUCAAGAGUUAUCUGAAACGGCAUCAGGUCAGAAGGCACAUGCAGAGAAUGCCUAGGGUGCGCCUCCAGCUGUUUGAUGAUGUCACAUCAGGACACUCUGAAAUGUAAUGCUAAUCUCAGAUUGGUUGCUAGGAGUGAAACUAGAGCUGAACGGUAUACCAAUAAAAAAGCUUGGUUCAUACCUACACAAGGUUCACUUUUUGAUGAGAGACGUUUUUUUUGUGUUCAUACUAGGCUACAUGCGUGAACUUCAUACUUCGUGUCACACUACAUUUCAACUCUGUUCACCCCUGUUGCUUUUCUACUAGGGAAUGUCGACACAAUGUAAGAUGUUGAUUGAACUGAUGAAAAUAAUUGGUCGGCACUAAAGAGGCACAAUGAACACAAUGAACCCACAUGGCAUGGAUGAAUCAUGACAAACAUUUCAAUUAACAUAGACUGCCUUUGAUCUCACAAACUUAAAUAAAAGGUAAUUUGACAGGUAUGUGGUGCUAUUUUAACAGGCUACAACAAUCCUCAGAUUCUUUACUGUAUUGAAGAACCAUCCCAACUGUGUGUGCAGCACUGCUGUUAAGUCUGCUUAUGAGUUUUGCCAUAUAGUACAAUUGAAGUAGCCUAGCUUAGAAAGAUAAGAUACAUUGCUACAUUGCUCCAUUGCUGUUUGAAAUGAUGGCGGACGCUGGAGGAACAAAUAGAACUCUGAGUCUUCAGUACAAGAUAGAAGACUGGCUACUUGCACACACACACACAACAACAACAACAACAACAACAACAACAACAACAACAGACUAGAUAUGAGAAGUGUGUGUGUCUGUAAUAUGCUUAAUAUAAAGACCUGUGGUGGACAAGAAUAAUUUAGUUCUGAUCAUGUGAAUCGAUGGUUGUCUGGCAGCAAACGCCAGACUAAAUCACAAGUGUGAUCUGCAUAUGGCAUCGAGGACGUAUGAAAUGACAAACUCCGGAGCUCUGUAAACAUGCUUUAUUUUACUAAUGCAAUUAUUGUACUUGGCAAAUAAAUGUAUUGGAUAUUGGAAAUGGA